AUGGACAAGGCAUCCCGAGAUGCAAGUUGGCGAGGUCGAUAUUUUGUGAGGCCUGCCGCUGCGGUGGUCGGCCUGAUGCUGUGUCACCGCGCGGCAGCUGCUUUCAUCCAGAUGGUCGGCCCCGCGCCCACGCGAGCACCGACGCUGCCCCGGACUGCUCUGAGUGGCCAGGGUGACAGCGAACUCAAACAGGAGUGGCGCCUCAAGGUGGCGCAUGCCGUGGACGUCCUGCAGCAGGAUGUCCCACUGCUCUUCGCCACUUACAAUGGUAUGGGAGGACGCCUCCCCGACUUCUCCAUCUACAGUCCUGAGAUAAACUUCGUGGAUGAGAGGGCCCCGAGCAUGGUUCUGCAGGGCUUGCCCGUGUACAGAAAUUUCAUGGCGGCGCUGCGGUGGUCGAUCCGGUCCAUGUUUGAGGAGAGCAAGUUGGAGAUCACGGCCAUGGGGAAGACGCUGUCCGUCGAUGGCAAGUUGUCCAUGCGAUGGCGUCUGCAUCUCUGGCCCAAAGGGGUCAUGUCUCAUGCCCUCGACUUUAUGGCCCCAGCCUUGCAAAACUGGGGAUUUCACCUGAGGGACACCCACCAGUGGGAGGCGCCGGCCAUAGUCGAGGGCUACUGCAGCUACGAGUUCGACCCAUGGUCUGGUCUAAUUUCCAAGCACACGGUGGACAUCAAGAACCCGCCCCUCUUCAUUACGGACCUGUUGCGGCAGUACUCCGGCAGUGAGGUGAAGGCCUCCCUGCCCUAUGGGCUUCCCCUGAGGUUUCAGGCCACGGACGCUACACGAAGCCUCCGAAGUUCUGGAGCCUUGGCCGGCGCCUCCCUGCGGGGCGAGCCCCGUGCAGCCUCCACGAUCGCACGCACCGCGAAGGCCGCCGGCAAGGAUUGGUCUUUCCCUCAGAGCUGUGAGGACGACUUCGAGUGCAACGGCGGCACCGCGAAUUUCCCUCUACAAUGCUGUGAACUGCCCCUUGUGGGCAAGUUCUGCUGCAAGCCCCCUGAAGACGACAUCCAGCCGAACAGCAAGGAUCCUGCUUGGCUACCCCUGCCAGUUCCCUCUUCGGACCCCUGGCGGUGA